CAGUAAUGCAGUCGUCCAUCGAUCCACUGCUGGCACCCGACUGCCUCCUGGUCUGUGCAGCGAGUUUGAGGUCUGAUCGGGUAUCAGCAGCAUCCUCAGCAGCUCUGACAUCACUGAUGCAGUGCUGAGAGCGACUGCAGAGCCUCCUCUCUCCUAUCAUGCUGUCAGCCGGCAGCCCGAGGUGGAUGUGAACGGAUUUGCCUCCCAGUGUUGCACCAGGAUGGGGGAUGCAGAGUCGGGGCCACGGCUGAUUAACAGUGCGGUGCUCCGGAUAGUCAAAGCCUCUAAAGACCUCUCUGUGUCGCCUUCCUUCCAGCGUUACGCCUUCUCCUCCUGGGUCAAACAGAACAUCUGCAAGAAGGAGUGUUGCUUAUUUGAGAAAGAUGGCAGAGCUGAUGUGUGUAAAUGUGGCUACCCAAAGACCAGUCACACCGAUGAAGCCAUCAAGCCAGAGGACUUUACGGGCGAGUUGUGGAACAAGCACAGACACGUCCGUGAAAUGCCCACUGAUGCGUUUGGAGACAUCGCCUUUGGUGGUCUGGGGCAAAAGCAGGGCAAGUAUGUACGAGUGUCCACAGAUACCAGCCCAGAAGCCCUGUACCACUUACUGACAGAGCUGUGGAAACUUCCCCCUCCAAACCUGCUCAUCUCAGUGACCGGAGGGGCCAAGAAUUUCUAUCUGAAGACUCGUCUCAAGAACAUGUUCCACAGAGGUCUUAUCAAAGUGGCCCAGACAACAGGUGCCUGGAUCAUCACUGGUGGUACCCACGCAGGUGUAAUGAAGCACGUUGGGCAGGCUGUGAGGGAUUACGCCCUGAGCAGCUCCGUUCAAGGCAACAUUGUGGCCAUCGGCGUGGCAACAUGGGGAAUAAUUCACAAUAGGGAUGCUUUGGUGCAGCCAGAUGGCUGUUUCCCUGCCCAUUAUUUAAUGGACACCAAGACCCAGGGACAGCUGUCGUGUCUUGACAACAACCAUACCCACUUCUUGCUGGUGGACGAUGGGACCCACGGGCGCUACGGGGUGGAGAUUGAGCUGCGUAGUCAUCUAGAGAAAUGCAUUUCCUUAAAGCGUCUUGGCAACAAAGAGACCGGUGUGACCAUCCCUGUGGUGUGUGUGGUUUUGGAUGGGGGACCAGGCACUCUGGAUACCAUCUACAAUGCAAUGCUGAAUGGGACACCAUGUGUGAUCUUGGAGGGCUCUGGGAGAAUAGCAGAUGUAAUCGCUCAGGUGUCAGGACUGCCAGUUUCCCAGGUCACGAUCGCCCUCAUCCAUGUGCUGAUGAAAAAGUUUUUUGGUCAAGAAUAUGAAACCUUUCGCGACCUCAGAAUCAUAGAAUGGACCAAGAAGAUUCAGGACAUCAUCAGGAUGCCUCACUUGCUGACAGUAUUCAGAGUAAGCGAAGACAAACAAGGUGAUGUGGAUGUAGCCAUUCUUCAAGCACUACUUAAAGCUUCAAGGAUUAGUGAGUCAAUGGGAAUUGAGACCUGGAGGAGACAGCUGGAGCUGGCUAUAGCCUGGAACCGUGUGGACAUAGCGGAGACUGAGAUCUUCACCGAGGAGAGCCAGUGGAAGUCCAGUGACCUCCACUGGGCCAUGUCCUCUGCUCUGGUUGGCAACAAACCUGAGUUUGUGAGUUUGCUGCUGGAGAACGGUGUGAGUCUGAGGGAUUUCCUGCAGGACGAGGAAACUCUGUGUGAGCUCUACAAACAGCUGCCCAGCUGCUUCUUUCUGCGCAAACUGGCCAAGCGGGUCCACAGCUCUCGCCGCAACCGGAGGCAAGCGUUCGCCGUCAGGGCUCGAGCUCGCACAGGUCAAGGAGAAAUGAUCUCUCUGACUCACGUCUCUGACGAGGUGCGACACCUGCUGGGCAGCUUCACCCGACACAUCUACCCCCAAUCCACCAUCCCAUUCCAUUUCAACAUGUCAAUAGAGGACAUGUCAGUGUCACUAUCUAAAAGUGAGGCAGACUCCGAGGCUCCAAACAGGGAGGACGCUGCUGACGUUCAGAGGGAUCCAGGCACAGAUCUCUUCCUUUGGGCUAUCGUGCAGAACAACAAGGAGCUGGCUGAAAUAGCCUGGGAGCAGUGCAGAGACUGCAUGUCUGCCGCUCUGGCUGCCAGUAAGAUCCUGAAGAAAAUGGCAGAAGAGGACAGAGACGGGGACCAGGCGGAGGACAUAGAGGAGCUCGCCAAUCAUUAUGAGCAGCACGCCAUAGGUGUGUUCAGCGAGUGCCACAGCAGCGACGAGGAGAGAGCUCGGAAGCUGCUGGUUCGAGCGUCACACUUGUGGGGCAGAACGACGUGUCUGCGACUGGCUCUGGAGGCCAAUGAUAAAAGCUUUGUAGCUCAGCCAGGUGUUCAGGCUCUUCUCACUCAAAUCUGGUGUGGUGAGCUUUCAGUGGACAACCCCGUGUGGAGGGUGUUGGUCUGCAUGGUCUUCUUCCCUCUCAUCUACACUGGCUUCCUGGUUUUCAGACGUGAUGAACUCAUUCAGAAAGACACUGAGAAGCGCGAGGAGAUGAAGACGGUGGAGAAGGUGACAGGAAGUACGCUCCGAACAAACGCUCGCACCCCCCUGCGGCGUAUGAAGCCUCUGGGCAGCUGGUCCAGGCUGGUGUGUCUGUAUGACUCUCCUCAGGCCAAGUUUUACGGGAAUAUUGUCUCUUACUUCGCCUUCCUCUUCCUCUUCGCUGUGGUGUUGAUGAUUGACUUCCAGACGUCACCGUCUCCUGCAGAGCUGCUGCUCUACGUCUGGCUGCUUUCUCUGGUGUGUGAGGAGGUCAGACAGCUGUUUCAUGAUCCCGAUGGUUUUGGGUUUCGUAAGAAAGCCAAGAUGUACAUCAACGAGCUGUGGAACAUUUUAGAUGUCCUGUCCAUCCUCCUGUUUAUUAUUGGCCUGGCAUUCAGGUUGACAACCAAGCUACUGUAUCCGGGGAAAGUGCUCCUCUGCAUCGAUUUUGUGGUCUUCUGCCUCCGUCUCAUGGCCAUCUUCACCAUCAGCCGAACCCUGGGACCUAAAAUCAUCAUAGUGAAAAGGAUGAUGAUGGAUAUGUUCUUCUUCAUGUUCCUGCUGAGUAUCUGGGUGGUGGCAUACGGUGUGGCCAAGCAAGGCAUUCUCAUCGAGAAUGACGAUCGGCUGGAUUGGAUUGUCCGCGGGGCGGUUUAUGAGCCCUACCUCAUCAUAUUCGGGAGUUUCCCCGAAAACAUUGACAACGCUGCGUUUAACAUCGACGCCUGCACAAUGAACGGCACCGACCCCCUGAAGCCCAAGUGUCCCGUGCUGAAUGACAAUCAAACACCGGCCUUCCCCGAGUGGCUCACCAUCAUCAUGCUUUGUGUCUACUUGCUCUUUGCCAACAUACUGCUGCUCAACCUGCUCAUAGCCAUCUUUAACUUUACAUUCCAGGAAGUCCAGGACAACACAGACAGAAUAUGGAAGUUUCAGAGAUAUGAGCUGAUUAAGGAGUAUCACAGCCGUCCAGCCGCCCCUCCUCCUUUCAUCAUCUUCAGUCAUCUCUACCUCUUCAUCAGGAGCGUGGUGCUGCGGAGGCCCCCCAUCGUAUACAAAGAGUUCAAGAACGAGCUUCCUCCGAUAGAGGAAGAGGAGCUGUUGUCCUGGGAGGCCUUGAUGAAGGACAGAUACCUGCUGUCUGCACAGCAGGAGCAGAGCCAGAGUGUGGAGAGACGCAUCCUGGAUACAGCCCAAAAGGUUACCAUCAUAAGCGAUCGCCAGGAGAGAGAAGAGGAAACGAGCUCUGCCGCCAUGGUGAAAAGACUGGCCCGACUAGAGGAGCAGGUUUUCCAGUCAACCAAAGCCCUGCAGUGGAUUAUGGACAGUUUGAAAUCUCAGGGUUUUGGUGCAAAAGAAAUGCCAUUACUGACCUCAAACGCAACAGACGACACCACUGACUCUCUGAUGAAUACGUCAGAGAAAGAGGACGGUUUCCACGUGAACUCCCGCCAGCUUCACUACCCAAACACCAAAGAAAAACGCUUCCCUGUGCCUGAGGAGAAAGUGCCGUGGGAGGUCGGCUUCAGCUCUUACAUGCCGACUUAUUACGCCUCUGAAGGCAGUGGCGACAGUGUGGAUGGGUCAGAAGCAACAGCCUUAGAUAAUUACAGGAACCCAGGAGGGAGGACGGGAAUCAGGGGACGAGGUGCACUCGCCCAUCUGGGUCCAAACCUGAAUCUGGACCUCGUGCUGACACGCUGGCGAGACAGCGAGAGGUCCGCUUUGGAGUACCUUGCAGUUUUUGAUGAGAGUCGAGGAACCUUGGCCUUACCUGCGGGGCCUGUUGACUCUGCUGAUCGCCUGCCAGUGAUUCUUAAGAGAACCAUGGGAAAGAAGCUGUAUGAAAUGAUAAAUGCAAAAGCGUCAGAGGCAACAAAGGUGUUUGAGGGUUACGUGGACGACUGCAGGAACACAGAUAACGCCUGGGUGGAAACCACCGUCCUCAACAUUCACCUGGACAGAACUAGCCAGAUGAUGACGGACAUCAACAACAUGGUGGUGAGCAGCCAUGGAGCUCUUCAGUGGCAGGAGGUGAGCGGCAAAACCAGACUGAGCUCAAACCAAAGAGACUCUCUGCGGCAGGUUGCAGCGCUCCACAACAGGAAGUUCUGACGUUUUGCUGUAAAUGUGCCUCUCCAUGCGCAGGUUAUUUCCUGCCUGUCAAAUGUGGCCUUUUGUUAAAGCUGAAGUAGCCUAAUUCUUUUGCACUGAAAACACUUGAGAAUAAAAAUAAUGAAGAGAAGACACUGUAAAGCCAUAAUGGAUGCUGCUGUGGAUGAAGUGAAUGUUCACUGGGCUGUAAAACUUCAUACAAGCCUAAGAAUUUAACUAUGCGCCUGAGAAUAAACACCUGAGAACGCUGAAUAUGGUGCAAACUAGAUGCACUUUUACUUCACUGCAGUGGGCAAUAUAGCACCUUUUUCAUGCAAUAUAUGAAAAUUCACAAGCAUUGGUGAAGUAUGCCAAACAUAAUAUAUAAUUGCAAAUAAUUUACUUAUAAAAAAUGAUGCACUAUUAGAGGAUACGCAACACUCUGUAGUGAGCUAACCCCAGCUUGACCUGCUUAUUCAUAAGACAAUGCACUAGUAGUAGUAAUAAUACAACAAUAUGACUCACUGUGUAUAAUACUGUAUGUCACACAAAGGGACCACACUGUGUAGUUACUACUUUUAUGUUGAUAUGGUUUGCUGCUACUUACUUGAGUCAAAUUUUAUAUUCACUUGUAACGGAGAAUUUUUACUUUGUGGUUCUAGUGCUUUUAUUUAAGUAAAGUUCACCUGUAAAAUGUA